AUGUCCAAAUUUUUCGAAGGAUUAGAGGCUGAAUCUGAAAAGAAGGUUAAUCGCGCUAUAAAUAGACACUUUAAUGAUGAAAGUGACGAGGAAAAGGUCAGUGGUAUCUCUAACAAGGAAAAGAGAUUGGAAGAAAUCACUAAUCUUUGUGAAAUAACCGUCUUUAAAAAGCCAAAGGAUGUAGAUCAGUUCUUUAAGAAACUCACCAAAUAUAACAACUGGUUUGCUAAAGAGGGUCUUCCUACUGUUCUUCUAGACUUUCUUAAUGCCCAAGAGGGAAAGAACAUUCCGGCUGUUCUGAAACAGAAGCGUAGUAAGUUAAUUGAGAAGUACCAAAUGACAGAAGUUAUCUUGGAAGUAGAAACAGAAAGGAAAGAAGAAAAGAGUCAUAUGGAACAGAUCAAUAGUACUCUUCUGAUUGAAGAUCUUGAUAAGAGAAAGGAAGCUUUAUUGGCCAUUGAAGGAAUUCGCAAUCUAAAGAAGAAAGAAGAACACCGGAUUAAUCUUUAUAUUCUUGGCUGCUUAGUUGAGAAUAAUCUGCCUAUUCAUUAUACUGAGAUAAUUAGACGACUUAAUGCUGAGAAGGACUUAGUUCAGGAUGAAGAGGAAGAAGAGAUUCUUAAAACACGGAUUGGUCGAUAUACACGUACUAUUAUCAAGUACAUUCAAAACCUUCAUAACCACCAACAGUCCUACCAAGAAGAGUUGAGUCAGUUUAGACAAGUAGUUACUACUCUUUUACCUAUCACAAAUAUUCCCCAAAAAGGAAAUUAUGAGAUUGCUUAUUUCUUAGAAAAUGAACCUCAAGCUACCGAGUAUCCCAUUAUCAAUGCUUUAAAGCAAAUUCGUGAACUGCCAUAUGAAGAAGCCAUUUCGGUUUGUGAUAAACUCUUUAAGACGGAAGAGAUUCAGGAAGAAACUACCUCUGAGAAUAUCUUCUUAUCUAAAGCGGCGGAAGAAGCCGGGCAUCGUGCUUUUGCUGAACGUGAUUUUGAUAAGGCAGCUGAUCUACUGGAGAAAGCUUUUUACUCGCCUAAUAUUUGGAGUUUACCCCAAACUGAUACUAUCUUAAGUGUUCUUUCCUUGUGUUUUGAAAAACGUAUGCGCAACCGUCGUUACUUCAGUGUUUUCAAAGCAGAUAUGCAAGCUAUUGGCCGGAAUCUUCUCCUGCUGAAAUCUGAAGUUCCCAAAGAAGAGAUUGCUCGAGCCUUCAUCUACUUAAGACUAGGAGAGUACUUAACGGCCGAAUCUAUCCUCCAGGCAAUUAUUCCUGAUUUCGAGUGUCGAGCCCUUUUAAAAGCCAGGGCGCUUGAACACCUUCUUACACCCACUUCCACUCAAUAA